GCGCAUAGAGGAAAAGGAAGUGGAGGAAGCAUUGCGCGUUUUACCCAUCGUACUUUUCUUUUCUUACGAGCCUCCUUCAGGGAACAGCUGCUUCAGGCCACUCUGGUUAUUUUUCUGUUACAUCCUGUUUUCCCAAAAUGCCUCGCAUUGAGAACGACAUCAAGCUGGACUUCAAGGAUGUGCUUCUUCGACCAAAGAGGAGCACGCUCAAGUCCAGGAGUGAGGUGGACCUGAUGAGGAGCUUCACCUUCAGGAACUCAAAGGGCAGCUAUAGAGGCAUUCCCAUCAUUGCUGCCAACAUGGACACUGUGGGGACCUUUGAGAUGGCUCUGGCUCUGCACCAGUUUACUCUCUUCACUGCAGUCCACAAACAUUACUCCAUAGAUGAUUGGUUGGAGUUUGCAACAAAGCAUCCUGAAUGCCUGGAGAGUGUAGCCGUCAGCACGGGGACCGGAAACGGAGACUUUGAGAAGCUAUCAGCUGUCCUGGAGACGGUGCCGCAGCUCAAGUACGUCUGCGUCGACGUGGCCAACGGCUACUCCGAACACUUUGUUCACUUUGUCAAAGACGUGCGGCAGAAGUUUCCGUCCCACACUAUAAUGGCAGGAAACGUGGUGACAGGAGAAAUGGUGGAAGAGCUGAUCCUCGCUGGUGCUGACAUCAUCAAAGUGGGCAUCGGACCAGGCUCUGUGUGCACGACCCGCAAGAAGACUGGGGUUGGUUACCCUCAGCUCAGCGCUGUCAUCGAGUGUGCGGACGCAGCCCACGGCUUGGGCGGCCACAUUAUCUCUGAUGGGGGAUGUACCUGUCCAGGAGACGUCUCAAAAGCAUUUGGUGCCGGAGCGGACUUUGUGAUGCUGGGUGGGAUGCUGGCCGGCCACUCGGAGAGCAGCGGGGAGGUCAUCGAGAAAAACGGGACAAAGUACAAGCUGUUUUAUGGAAUGAGCUCCGACACGGCGAUGAAAAAGCAUGCAGGAGGCGUAGCUGAAUACAGAGCAUCCGAGGGGAAGACGGUGGAAGUUCUCUACAAAGGCCCGGUGAGCGAAACGAUACGAGACAUCCUGGGGGGGGUCCGCUCCACCUGCACCUACGUCGGCGCAGGGAAGCUGAAGGAGCUGAGCCGCAGGACGACUUUCAUCAGAGUCACCCAGCAGCUCAACACCGUCUUUGGCAACGACAGUUGAGCAUCUGCUACUUCCUGCCUCCCACGCACUGAGAUUACAUGAUUGAUAUAUUUACUUAAAAUACUCCGUUUUAUUCCUGCGUUUAGUUCAGGUUCACAGUAUUUCUCACAAACACAUUCCUUUUAGACCUAAUAAAAAUCCAGAAAGUGUUCCAGGAUCACGGUUUUAAUCCGAGUUAGAGCUUUAAUCGUCUGCUGUUUGAUCGUUCCAAAGGUGUUGCUUUUAUUUAUGCAAGUUUGACUCGG